AUGACAAUGGUACUGGGACCCAGUGUGAGGACUUUCACUCAGUUUUAUUUUACUGUGGAGCCAGCGGACACCCUGUCAGUCAGAGCUGCUUCUGUUAUACUGAAUUGCUCUGCGUACUGUGAGUCUUCUCCAAAAAUCGAAUGGAAAAAAGAUGGGACUUUCUUGAACUUGGUGUCAGAUGACAGACGCCAGCUGCUACCAGAUGGAUCUCUAUUAAUAAACAGUGUGGUGCAUAAUAAGCACAAUAAACCCGAUGAGGGGCAUUAUCAGUGCGUUGCAACUGUGGAAAGCCUUGGGACCAUUAUAAGCAGAACAGCAAAGCUCACAGUAGCAGGUCUUCCAAGAUUCACCAGUCAGCCAGAGUCAGCCUCCGUCUCCAGAAGAAAUAGUGUGGUGCUUAACUGCGAAGUCAAUGCUGAUCUCUCACCCUUUGUGCGGUGGGAGCUAGAUCACCAGCCGCUCUUUCCAGAUGACCGAGUAUUCCAGUUGUCGAGUGGAGCUCUGAUAAUUAGCAAUGCUACAGAUGAGGAUGGCGGCACGUAUAGCUGUGUCAUUGAAAUCGGUGGCUCUCCCAAAUACAGCGACGAAGCAGAGGUUAAAGUUCUUCCAGAAUCAGAAGCUCCCUCCAGUCUGGUCUUCCUGAGACAGCCUUCCUCACUGACCAAAGUUGUUGGACAGAGCGCAGUUCUGCCAUGUGUUGCUGCUGGCGUUCCCAUUCCCAUGAUCAGAUGGACAAGAAACGAAGAAGAGCUCAUUACCGAAGGCUCUCAAAAGUUUUUAUUGCUGGCGGGGGGGACUCUGAAGAUCAAUGAAGUCACAGAAGAUGAUGCUGGAGUAUAUACCUGCAUUGCAGAUAAUGGGAAUGAAACAACAGAAGCUCAAGCAGAUCUUUCAGUACAGGUUCCUCCCAAGUUUCUGAAGAAGCCUUCUAAUAUCUAUGCACAUGAGUCCAUGGAUAUUAUAUUUGAAUGCGAUGUGACAGGGAAACCAACUCCAACAGUGAAGUGGGUCAAGAAUGGAGACGUGGUGAUUCCUAGUGAUUACUUCAAAAUUGUUAAGGAGCAUAACCUGCAGGUUUUGGGCCUGGUGAAAUCGGAUGAAGGCUUUUAUCAGUGCAUUGCAGAAAAUGAUGUGGGGAACGUACAGGCGGGAGCCCAGCUGAUAAUACUCGAUCACGAUGUUGCCAUCCCAACAUUACCUCCCACUUCACUGACCAGUGCCACUACUGACCAUCUAGCACCAGCAACAACUGGACCGUUGCCUUCUGCCCCUCGGGAUGUUGUGGCUUCUCUUGUGUCCACGCGGUUCAUCAAGCUGACCUGGAGGGCACCUGCAUCGGAUCCACAUGGAGACAAUCUCACCUACUCAGUAUUCUACACCAAGGAAGCUAUCAACAGGGAACGCGUUGAAAACACAAGCCAUCCUGGGGAGAUGCAAGUGACGAUUCAAAAUCUCAUGCCUGAGACAGUCUAUAUUUUCAGAGUGGUAGCUCAGAACAAACAUGGGCCUGGAGAGAGCUCGGUACCCCUGAAGGUGGCAACACAACCCGAGGUUCAGCUUCCUGGCCCGGCCCCCAAUAUUCGAGCAUAUGCAAACUCGCCCACUUCAGUCACGAUCAGUUGGGCUACACCCUUAUCUGGCAAUGGUGAAAUCCAGAAUUACAAAUUGUACUACAUGGAGAAGGAGACGGACAGUGAACAGGACAUUGACGUCGGAGGCCUUUCCCACACAAUAAAUGGUUUGAAGAAAUAUACAGAGUAUAACUUCCGAGUGGUGGCCUACAAUAAACACGGCCCUGGAGUUUCUACGCAAGAUGUCGUCAUUCGAACUCUGUCUGACGUUCCCAGUGCUGCACCUCAGAAUCUGUCACUGGAAGUACAAAACUCCAGGAGCAUAAUGAUGCAUUGGCAGCCCCCUCCUGUGGGGACACACAAUGGGCAAAUCACUGGCUAUAAGAUUCGCUACCGAAAAGUAACUCGCAAAAGUGAUGUGACUGAAAGCAUUGUCGGGACCCAACUUUCCCAGCUAAUUGAAGGUCUUGAACGUGGCACAGAAUACAGCUUCCGGGUUGCUGCCUUAACAGUCAAUGGUACCGGACCGUCUACUGACUGGGUCUCAGCAGAAACCUUUGAAAGCGACCUUGAUGAAUCUCGUCCGCCUGAAAACCAGAACAUUGUGGUCAGAGGCUAUGCUAUUGGGUAUGGUGUAGGGAGCCCCCAUGCCCAGACCAUCAAGGUGGAUUAUAAGCAGCGAUAUUACACUAUUGAAAACUUGGAUCCCAGCUCCCAUUACGUCAUCACUUUGAAAGCGUAUAACAACGUUGGUGAAGGAAUCCCGCUCUACGAAAGUGCAGUGACGAGGGCUUAUACAGUGCCAGAUCCCUCCCCCAUGAUGCCACCCGUGGGAGUUCAGGCUUCCAUACUGAGCCAUGACACCAUCCGAAUCACCUGGGCAGACAACUCUCUGCCAAAGAACCAGAAGGUCUCAGAUGCCCGUUACUACACAGUCCGGUGGAAAACCAACAUUCCUGCCAACACAAAGUACAAGACUGCAAAUACAACCACCUUAAGCUUCUUAGUGACUGGCUUAAAGCCCAACACCUUGUAUGAGUUCUCUGUCAUGGUGACCAAAGGCCGAAGGUCGAGUACUUGGAGCAUGACAGCACAUGGGACCACCUUUGAAUCAGUUCCAACUUCUCCUCCAAAGGACGUCACUGUGGUGAGCAAAGAAGGAAAACCACGGACCAUCAUAGUCAACUGGCAGCCUCCGUCUGAAGCCAACGGCAAAAUUACAGGGUACAUCAUUUACUACAGUACAGAUAUAAACGCUGAAAUCCAUGAUUGGGUCAUUGAGCCGGUAGUAGGAAACAGACUGACGCACCAGAUUCAAGAGUUAACCCUUGACACUGCGUAUUAUUUCAAGAUUCAAGCCCGCAACUCCAAAGGCAUGGGCCCUAUGUCAGAGGCAGUGCAGUUCAGAACACCUAAAGCUGAAUCUUCAGAUAAAAUGUCUAAUGAUCAAGCUGCGGGAUCUGCAGGAAAAGGAAACCGUCCAAUGGAUGUUGGGACAGACUAUAAGACACCCGUGGGUGGCAGCAACAGCCCUCACGGAAGCCCUUCUCCUCUGGAAUACAACAUGCUUCUGGUAAUAAUCGUUUCCGUGGGAGUAAUCACCAUCGUAGUGGUUGUGGUGGUCGCUGUCUUCUGCACUCGGCGCACUACUUCCCACCAGAAGAAGAAGCGAGCGGCCUGCAAAUCUGUGAAUGGUUCUCAUAAAUACAAAGGGAAUUCCAAGGAUGUCAAACCCCCUGACCUUUGGAUCCAUCAUGAGAGGCUGGAGCUGAAGCCCAUAGACAAAUCUCCAGAUCCCAACCCGAUCAUGACGGACACCCCAAUCCCUCGUAAUUCCCAAGACAUUACCCCAGUCGAUAACUCUAUGGACAGCAAUAUCCAUCAAAGACGGAAUUCUUACAGGGGGCACGAGUCAGAAGACAGCAUGUCCACGCUUGCUGGGCGAAGGGGGAUGAGACCCAAAAUGAUGAUGCCGUUCGACUCUCAGCCGCCUCAGCCUGUGAUUAGUGCUCAUCCCAUCCAUUCCCUUGAUAACCCCCACCAUCAUUUCCACUCCGGCAGCCUCGCUUCUCCAACCUGCAGCUAUCUCCAUCAUCAGGCAAAUCCAUGGCCAGUUGGCCCAUCCGUGUCCCAUUCAGACAGGGCUAAUUCCACAGAAUCUGUUCGGAACACACCGAGCACAGAUACCAUGCCAGCCUCCUCGUCUCAAACGUGUUGUACUGACCACCAAGAGCCAGAAAGUGCCACAGGACCUUAUCUACCCAGUACUCAGGAGGAGGAGCCGGGCCAGAACCUCCCUACCGCCCACGUGCGUCCCUCCCACCCUCUGAAGAGCUUCGCUGUGCCAGCGGUCCCACCCAUGGGGGCAACCUACGACCCGGCCUUGCCAAGCACACCUUUGUUAUCCCAGCAAGCCUCCAGCCAUCCCGUUCAUUCAGUGAAGACGGCAUCCAUUGGCACCCUAGGGAGAACUCGCCCCCCUAUGCCGGUCGUGGUCCCAAGUGCCCCUGAAGUGCAGGAAACCACGAGGAUGCUGGAAGACUCAGAAAGUAAUUAUGAACCGGAUGAGCUGACCAAAGAGAUGGCCCACCUGGAAGGACUCAUGAAGGACCUUAAUGCCAUCACAACAGCAUGACCACCUUCCCCAAGACAUGACUCCAAACCCUGCUUUGCAGGACUCGGGACUUAGCCUUGGGGCACAAGGACAAGAAAUUGUACAAAGACUGUAAAGGGAGAGAGACAGCACAAGAGGGACACGCCGCCAGCCGCAGGAGGAGCCGUGUGUCGCCUGCUGGUUUAGCCAAGUGAAUUUUCUGUUCGUUCCCCUGAAGCAAACCUGUUGGGAAGUUGGAUCCCACUUCCUGCUGUGACUCCCGCCCACAAGAGGAGGGGCUCGGGGCGGGGAGGGCCCUCGGGCUGAUGAGAUCCAGCGUCCAGGCAAAGAAGCGGACUUUGCGUUCAUUUGAGUCGGGUUUCGUCUCGGUGCUGUGACCUUCCCUGCUUUUCUUUUUUUCCCUCCAGUGUUUGGACAUUCACAUUUAUGUACAAUUUUAUUUGUGUGUUUUUAUUUUAUUGUAUCUUUUUUUAUUAAAAACGGGGGGGAAAUAUAAUCUGCAGAACGGAAAAAAAAAGAUUUGUGUUGUUUCCCACAGCCUAGACGGAUGUUCGAUUGCUUGUUCUGUUGUGUACAGGAACUCAUUGCCAGUGUGGGUUGUUCAGGGUUUUUUCUUUCGUUUCUAUUGUGUGUAUAAUGACAUCACUUUCCAGCAGUUAA